GAAAAUGCCUGCAAAAAUGAACAAAACGCGUAAAGCAAAUGUUCGUAAACGUUUGAAAGCCGUUGAUAAAGUUAUCACAGCUAUCGCUGAAUCAGGCGUUAAAUGCAAAGCUUUGACACUUGCGCUCCAAUUACCAAAAGAAUCAGAGAUGAAACCAAGAGACAAAUACACGGUUUUUAGCAAAAACCAUAAAGGUUACAGAAAAGGAUUGCAUAAAGUACCCAAAUUCACAAAAGUUACAAUGAGAACUUCACCUCCAG